AUGGGUCUCAGCCCCCAGCUAGCUGCUGUCCUGCUCUGCCUUCUAGCGUGUACCGGGAACUAUGCUCACAGACAGGACAGAGGGACAGACUUGAAAGAGAUCAUCCACAAUUUGGACCAGGUCGUAAAGAAAGGGACACCAUGCACAGAGAUGUUUGUGCCAGAUGUCCUCACAGCAACGAAGAACACCACGGAGAAGGAACUCCUCUGCAGAGCUUCCAGGGUGCUCCGCAAGUUCUACUUCCCACGAGAGGUGACUCCGUGCUUGAAGAACAGCUCCGCGGUCCUCAGCAACUUGAGAAAACUCUGUCGGAGCAUCAGUACCCUGCAUCCACAGGAAAGCUGUACUGUGAACACGUCCACACUCACAACACUGAAUGACUUCCUGGAAAGCCUAAGAAGGAUCAUACAAAUGAAAAACUGGCAGGAUUGA